AUGUCACUCUUGUCUUCCAUGACUUGUGAGAAGUCUAGCUUCUCUCACACGCUGAAGAAAAAAGAAAAGAAAGAUGCAAAGGCCAUUCGGCCUAAGGAGCUAAAGAAAGAGAUUUUGGUUGAAGCAAAGUCAAAAUUCAACGGCACCGUUUCUACCUCCUCGAAUCCAACAACACCGUUUCACACCACCAACCCCAACCGCACCAAAAAGACGAAAUGCACCUCCUCAACCACUCCAUCAAACAACGUCGUCCCGAACAGGAAACGACCACUAUCUCUUAUCGUCGUCCUCAUCAACCGAUUCAAGGCGGCUCAUGGUCAUGAGAGGCAAAGCUUGGGGUCUUUGGCCAUGGGUUUCUGGAUUUUUGCAGAUUCAAGGUUGGAUAUACCCAGUGCUUGGCAAAUGCCGCAGGUUUGUUUAUGUUCCUUCUCCACACAUGAAAAUGUCUUUGCUGAAGUCCUUGUUGAUUGUUUUUUAGAGUGGAACAUUGAUAGGAAGUUGUCCACAAUAAUUGUUGAUAAUUAUAGUACUAAUGAUGUCAUGAUAAGACUUCUCUUGAAUAAGCUUGAUACUAGUUCUCUUAUGUUGGGUGGGUUUAUGUUGCAUAUGAAGUGUGCUGCACAUGUUUUGAAUUUGAUUGUUCAAGAUGGGUUGUCUCUUAUUGGUGAUGGUAUUGAAAGGAUUCGUGAUAGUGUAAUUUAUUGGACUAGAUCACCAAAAAGGAGGCAGAAAUUUGAAGAAAAUGCACGUCAAUUGUGUGUUCAAUGCACCAAAGAGUUAGUCUCAGAUUGUAAAACACGUUGGAAUUCAACUUACUUAAUGCUUUCUACUGCAUUGAUUUAUAAAGAUGUUUUCUUACGUUUGACUAAACGUGAAACAUCUUAUACUUGUCUACCACAUGAUUAUGAUUGGGAGAUAGCCAAAGAUAUUUGUGGGAGGUUGGAGUUGUUUCAUAGUGUGACUCAGUUUUUCUUUGAUUGUAAGUACCCCACAACUAAUAUGUAUUUUGCAUUGGUGUGUGAGUUGAAAAUUGCAUUGAAUGAAUGGAGUUUGUAUUCAAGUGAGAUGAUAAGUAUGGUGGCAGAAAGCAUGCUUGCUAAAUUUAAUUCUUAUUGGGCUAAUGUUAGUGUUGUUAUGGCUGUUACUGCUAUCUUAGAUCCAAGAUAUAAGAUGAAGUUAUUGAAGUUUUAUUAUCCUAACAUUUAUGGUGAUAAUUCUGAUUUGGAGAUUGAAAAAAUUAAGAAUCUUUGUUAUGAUUUGCUUGAUGAAUAUGGAGAUUUAGAUGAGUCUCCUGUAAAUAAUGAAGAAAGUUCUCAUAUGCCUGCAAGUACUUCAAAUCAAGUGGCACAAAUGAAAUUUAGGUUGAGUAGGGCAAUGUCAUGUUUUGAUUUGUUUGUGAACAAUAAUUCAAGUAGUUCAAAGAAACAUGGGAGGGCUAGAAUAAAAUUUGAUCAUUUCAUUGAUGAGGGAGUGUUGAAUAGGAGUGAAGACUUUGAUAUUUUAGCAUGGUGGAAAAGUAAUGGUCUCAAGUAUUCUACUUUACAAAGAAUUGCAAGAGAUAUUUUAGUCAUUCCUGUUACAAUUAUUGCUUCAGAAUCUGCCUUUAGCCAUAGUGGGAGACUUUUAAGUCUACAUCGUAGUAGGCUACAUCCCAAGACUAUAGAGGCAAUGAUGUGUGCUCAAAAUUGGUUAUGGAGUGAAAUCAACGGUUCUUCAACUAUAUCUAGAGAUUGUACAUUUCAAUCAAUUCUUGAUGAUGGGGAGCCAAAUGAAGAUGAAGGGAGUUGUGUCACAAUUGAUGGGAGUUGUGUAACAAUUGUGGAAGAUUAA